AGAGGCUAAACCUCCCUCGGCCUCGGCUCGGGGUAUAUAAGCAGGGCGCGAGUUCUCAUAGGGCAUCAUCUUCCUCCUCUUCCUCCUUCCCAAGUCAUCUCUCCGCCAGCUCAGCCAACAUGAAGUUUGUGGUCCUCGCCUGCCUGGCCGCCGUCGCCGCCGCCGCCCCGCAGCAGUUCAGCCGACCAAUUGAUCAGGGAAGACCCGAAUACAAACACAUCGAAAUCCUCAGAGACGAGCGGGAGGACCGUGGUGAUGGCAACUUCCGCUACGAGUUUGAGACAGAGAAUGGCAUCCAUGUCAACGCUGUCGGCACGCCUGGCUCUCAGGGCCAGAGCAACAUUGAAGGAUUCUUCAGGUUCCCUCUCGAUGACGGCACCAUCGGUGAGGUCCAGUACGUCGCUGACGAGCUCGGCUACCGCCCACAGUCCAACCUCAUCCCCACGGGCCCCCCCCUCCCUGCUCACGCCAUCGAACAGAUCCGCCUCGCCGAGGAGCUCCGUCGCCAGGGCGUCGAGUGGGACCAGUAUGGAUUCAGAAUCAACAGAAAGUGAGCAUUGCGGCAGAUCCAGGAGCCCUUGUACAGCGCUGACCAGGCUUGACGCGGAGCCCCCGACGAUAGCGGCAAUGUAGCUAGCGUCGGGCACUUGGGAUUCGUGUAGAACGACGGUAUUGUAGAUUAUCGCAAACGCUUAUCGUAACCACAUCUACACAAAAACACACAUCAAAAUACCAGCAGCUCUCCUAAAAAACACACACACAUAGUAUUAAAAAAACACCUAUUCUAAAUAGCUUUAAUAGUUACUGUUAUAUACUCAAUAAGCACAAUACAAACAUCCACAUGAUAGCAUCAACACUCUUAGUCCGGUGGCUGACCACAUCACCCACAAGUUGAUAUCAGAGGUAUGUUAAUUGUCACAUGCGCAGGCGCCCUCUGACAUACCUACUGGGUUCUCUCAGCAUACCACACUCAUACAUACCCUCCCUUUCUUUCAACUCCCUCCUUCUCCCCUACCCAAACUUGUCGGUUUUCAAAACAAUUCAUCACAACUUAAUACUAAAUCUGAAUCGGUGUAAAUAAACCCAACGAUUGCAGGUUUCAGUCGUUUUUUUUUUUUUAACAGACUUAGCAUUCUUGGUUUCACAGCCAGUAUAUCGAGCAUUACAACAUUUUCUUUCUUUCCACCAAAACACAGUUCAAUUCAGUGAAACCAUUCAGAUACCCCAGUUAUCACAGAUACCAUAAUUAUCAGCAGUUUUCAAAGUGGUUAGAGAGGUGCCGGACUCACCAACACAACACUUUCUUCUCUCCCUGAAGACCAACACUACAGCGGAUUCAAGACAAAAACGCAGCUGUGAAGUACUAUACCAAGGUAUAUAUUUAUUUACAUGCUGAGCACAUCAAAUAAAAUUAUAUUGAUGCAAU